GGCCCAAAAGGUUCGCAGGGCCCCCCAGGAAUUAUUGGCUUUGCCGGAGAGAAGGGUAACAUUGGACUACCUGGUGUUGCUGGACGAGAAGGCCAGACAGGACCACCAGGGCCUCAGGGAGUCAAAGGUGAGGUGGGACCCCCAGGACCUCCUGGACAGGUUGGCUUACCAGGUGCCCCAGGAAAAGGCUCGCCCGGAGCUCCUGGACCACAAGGACCACCUGGAGAGCCUGGACCGUUCGGUAGGGAAGGUGUUAAGGGAGAAAAGGGCUACCCAGGUCCUCCUGGACUGGACAUGCCUGGGCCUCAUGGAGAGAAGGGAGACCCUGGGUUUCCAGGAGACCCAGGUCCUAAAGGACUGCCAGGGCCACAAGGCUUACCAGGCAGGGACGGUCUGUUUGGAACUCCAGGUCCCAAAGGCGAAAUGGGGGUCAUAGGGACACCGGGAGUACCGGGAUUUCCUGGACCACCUGGUACACCUGGAUCUCCUGGUCUGAGAGGUGAUCCCGGUAUUAUUGGACCAAAAGGUGAUACUGGAGAGGCUGGAUCUAAAGGAGAAAGAGGAGAGCCAGGACUUCAGGGACCUCCUGGGAACAUGAGCGAAGUUGACAUGGAGCAUAUGAAAGGGGAGAAGGGAGACCGUGGAGAUACAGGUGAGCCUGGGGCCACUGGACAGAAGGGCUACCGUGGAGUUCCUGGAGACGCUGGAAUGCCAGGCAAAGAUGGAGAUCCUGGAUCACCUGGAAAACCAGGAGAGAAAGGAGACCCUGGUUCUCCUGGAGAGCCUGGCAGCAUGGGACCACCUGGACAGAAAGGCAGUCUAGGAGAGAUGGGUAUACCAGGUAUAUCUGGUCCAAAGGGUACUAAAGGAGAUAUUGGUACACCGGGACAUCCGGGAUUUAGAGGCACAGAUGGACUAAAGGGAGAUAAGGGUGCAGCUGGAGAGCCCGGUAUUGGACUCCCAGGACUUCCAGGAGAAAAGGGUCUGACAGGGCAGCCAGGAUUCCCAGGUUUACAAGGAGACAAGGGUGAGAGGGGUCAUGAGGGUAUGCCUGGCAAGCCAGGACCACAAGGGUCCAAGGGAGAAAAAGGAAGCCUCGGGUAUCAAGGUCAGCCAGGUAGACCAGGUGAGAAGGGUAUCCCUGGGCUGCCAGGGUCUGCAGGAGAACCUGGUCGUGAUGGACGGCCUGGUGAAGGCGGCUUGCAGGGACCUCCUGGUGUUCCUGGAGAGAAGGGAGACCCCGGAGUGGACGGAAUCCCUGGAACUUCUGGGGAGAGAGGAGACCCAGGUUUACCUGGCCGAGGUUUCCCCGGGCCACCUGGAGUGCUUGGUAGCAAAGGUGACAAAGGUAGUCCCGGUUUCCCUGGCACUCCAGGCCAUCCAGGUGUCCCUGGUAUCAAAGGUGACAAGGGACUUGCAGGCUCAGAGGGACCCCAGGGUGAGCCAGGAGAGAGGGGAUUCCCAGGUGCCUCUCUCGAGGGCCCUAAGGGAGAUAGGGGAGAAACAGGACAACCCGGAGAAGGAGGUUCCCCAGGAGCACCAGGACCCUCUGGUGUGCCAGGCAGAGAUGGCCUAAAGGGAGAGAAAGGAGACCAGGGUAACCCUGGUUUCCAGGGAGAGACGGGACAUAAGGGUGACCCUGGACUUCCUGGACUUCCUGGACAACCUGGCCUUCCAGGUAUCGACGGACUGAAGGGAGAGAUGGGAUUGCAGGGUGUCCCUGGCUUCCCAGGUGCAAAGGGUAAUGUCGGGGACUUGGGAUUCAAAGGUGAAUUUGGAGACAGAGGGUUCCCAGGAGAAAAAGGCGCUGAAGGCCCCCCUGGUCCCCCUGGCCAACACACCUUCAUAAAAGGAGACAUUGGGCUCCCUGGCAUUCAAGGUUUACCGGGACCACAGGGGCCAUCUGGGCCAUAUGGACUGAAAGGACAGCAAGGUGUGACAGGUGUUCCAGGGCCAAAAGGUGAAGAUGGCCUUCCCGGAUAUCAUGGUCAGCCUGGAGCCAAAGGAGAGCCUGGCCUGCCUGGGCCACAGGGACCCAGAGGACACUCUGGCCCCCCAGGACCCGAUGGUGUUCCAGGUCAAGUGGGUCCACCUGGCCCCUCCUCCAUGGAUCACGGGUUCCUGGUAACCCGUCACAGCCAAACAGUGGAGAUUCCACAAUGUCCUGAGGGAACCUCGCUCAUAUAUGAUGGCUACUCCUUGCUCUACGUACAAGGCAACGAACGCUCUCAUGGACAGGACUUAGGUACGGCCGGCAGCUGUCUAAGGAAGUUCAGCCCCAUGCCCUUCCUGUUCUGUAACAUCAACAACGUGUGUAACUUUGCCUCCCGUAAUGACUACUCCUACUGGCUCACCUCCCCUGAGCCCAUGCCCAUGAGCAUGGCACCUAUCACUGGUGAAAGCAUUAAACCAUUCAUUAGCAGGUGUGCUGUGUGUGAAGCCCCAGCCAUGGUAAUAGCAAUUCACAGUCAGACCAUCAUGAUCCCACAAUGCCCUCAUGGGUGGGACUCUCUAUGGAUUGGCUACUCUUUUGUCAUGCACACCAGUGCAGGUGCUGAGGGUUCAGGCCAGGCUUUGGCCUCUCCUGGUUCCUGCCUGGAGGAAUUCCGCAGUGCUCCAUUCAUCGAGUGUCACGGUCGUGGAACCUGCAAUUACUACGCCAACUCCUACAGCUUUUGGCUUGCCACCAUUGAAGACAAUGAGAUGUUUACGAAGCCUGUCCCAACAACGCUGAAAGCAGGCAAUCUCCGAACACAUAUAAGCCGCUGUCAGGUGUGCAUGAAGAGGACAUAAACUCCUUCCUAACCUACGAGCAAUACUGCAUUUGCUGACGUCCUCGACUUCGUCCUUGGCUUUACUUCCUGUUUUCAAAGGAUGGUGCUAUUUCCCUGCAUGUGUGAGAGGAGAGGGUCAGAGAUGUGGUUUGCGGAACAAACUACAAAUCAGAACACAGAGACCAAGUGGCCUUUUGCUCUAUGCAGAACAUUUAACUAACAAGAUCACAACAUGUCUCUAAGGAAUUGCCAGUUUACCACUGCACUGAGCACAUGCCCCCUAAACUGGUAAACUGGUGUUCUUUUUAAAGGGUUGUUUGUGUCAGGUGCUAUUCAAUCUUACGUAUCUGCCUUAUUCCAUUUUGUCUUUUUAUUUUUAUUUCUCUUCCCUACCAGUGCCACAGCAUUCAAAGAUAUAGCCACUUAUUAUUAUAGAUUUUCACACCUUUUAACUUGUUUAAACAUAGUCAUGUAAAGGAUGGGACUUACCACUGGUUACAGACGCUUGUCAUUUGCUAAAUCACCAUAUAUCACUAUCACGCUGUUGUAAAUAUAAUGCAUUCCUCACUAACAUAAUUCGACAUACUCUCCUCAGGUUAUUAUUGAAUUACUUUGUGUGUUAUUAAGUCCAUUUUUAUUUAUAAGAUUUAUGAGAAAAUGUUGGACUUGAGUGUAUCUGAGAUUUCAUAGAUCCAAAAGCAGUGUGUCAACAUCUGACAAACAGCGUCUUAGUAACAUACAAAACAGCACUGAAAUAGCAUUGGCAGAUGUGUGUAAAUGCAUGUGUUUGUAUGUAUUUGUGUGAGUGUACAUAUAUGAAUGGAUUUAAGUAGCUUGGAAGAGGUGCGUGUUUUGGGAUGUCUGCAUAUAUAUUGUUGCACAACCACAAAAACAAAUAGACAAAUAUAUCACCUUCCCUAUACCUUUAUUCUGUCAGAACUUUGUUUAUAACAGCUGUGUGUUAAAGGAUUUAUUCUUCUCACAUUAUGUGAACCAAAUAUUUCUGAUCCCAAUGAAAUGCACAUGUGUAUAUAUAUAUAUAUGUAUAUAUAUACGUACGCAUAACAUGUACUUUCUAUUUUCAUUUACUGUCAUUAUCCCUGUUGAUUUAAUGCUAAAAGUAUUUUUCAUUAAGACUGAAGGAUUAUUGCAUCAUUGUUGUACAUCCAAGUCUAACACAGACAGAUAAGGAGGACUGUAUAUUUAAGUGCCAAUGCAAGUUAAGAUGCUUUAUAUAGGUCUUAACAUAGUUUUGUGUUUUGUUUAUCCCUUACUAUAUAGUAUUUGGGGAUAACAGUCUUGCUCAGUAGGAGGAAGAAGGCCUCUUGGACCCGUUGUCCCAUUCAGAGCUAUUAAAAGAUGCAACAUUUUCUACUGUUAAAGUUACAGCAGUCACUCUACACUGACCGUAACCUGUUUUUGUUUGUGUGUUGUGCUUGGUUGUGAUAUAAUGCUCCAUGAAGUAUAUACAAUAUUAGCAGUGUUUGCUAUCAUAAAACAAACUUGAUUACAGUGGGAAUAAUCUUAACUAAUUAACAAACAGAAAAUCUUCAUUGACAUUUUAGAUUUUCCAGAUCCCUUACUGUGUAAUUCCUGCAAUAAAUUGAUUUGUAGAAUAUUCUUAUUCA